AUGGGUAGCUCUGGUUCAACUACAACUACUACUUCUGUCACAACCACUAGUACAACCACUAGUACAACUACUAGUAGUACAGUUGUUCCAACCACUUCUUCCACUGCUGUUGAGGUCACCUCUACCUAUAUACCGACUAGUUCCUCCACUAUUGAAGUAACCUCUACCAUUCCGUCUACCACCAGUACCACUGUUUCCUCUAGUAUACCAGUGACUAGUUCCACUGAAGCUGCUACCUCCACUGCUCUCAGUUCUACUUUACUGUCAUCCGAUUUCUCCUCCGUUGAAGAAACAAUUUAUUCAUCUUAUUCAUUUGCUACCAGCUCAAAGGUUUCCUCAUCCUCUAUUGCCACAACAUCUAGUACAACUGCCACCAUUAGUACUUCUGUUUUAAAUCGUAGUGUUAGAGAAAUUAAUCAAUCAAGUUCUGCAGCAUUAUCGAGUACCGUUACCGAAACCUCUUCUGCGGUCGCAACAUCGUCAGCUGCCGAAACUUCCUCUGCUACUGAAAGUUCUUCUGCUACUGAAACUUACUCUGCUACCGAAGCUUCCUCUGCUACUGAAACCUCUUCUACUGUCGCAACAUCGUCAGCUGCUGAAACUUCUUCUGCUACUGAAACUUCCUCUGCUACCGAAGCUUCCUCUGCUACUGAAACCUCUUCUGCUAUCGCAACAUCGUCAGCUGCCGAAACUUCCUCUGCUACUGAAACUUUUUCUGAAUCUUCAGCAGCUGCCUCUGCUUCCAGUUUAAUUGCAUCUUCACAAUCUUCUAGCGUUAGAAAUGCAUCCUCAAGUGUCGUUAUGUCUUCUAGUUCUAUUCCACCUUCUUCCUCUAGCAGUGUAGGCACUUCUGCUAGUACCGCUGAUUCAUCAUCUAUUGUUGCUUCUUCAAGUGUAGAUACAUCUUCUUCCAUUACUACUUCUUCAAGCAUGGCUGGUUCUUCUGUUGCUGUAUCUUCUUUGAGUGCUGCUGCCAGUUCCGCUGCAUCCAGCUCUAUACAGACUACAAAUAUCCCAGCAAGUUCAUAUUCCCUAACCACAAGUAUACUAACCAGUACCAACGGUACUGAAGUUGUAUACAUAACUGAUGUCACCACUGUUUGCGACGAAACAGCUGCUACUUCAGCAAUUUCCACUGCCGAACCAACCAAUGUCACUGAAGACACUACUACUAGUACUGCAGUUCCAUUCAGCAAUUCUACCGAAGUUGCUACUGCACAAGUCGUCUCUACCUCUUCCAAGGCCGCUGCUGUUACACAAGCUAUCUCUAGUUCUUUCAAGGCUACAGAAGCUGCCAGCACAAGCAAAUCAGCCGUUUCCUUCUCUAAUGCUACUACUUCAAACAACGUUGAAAAUGUCUCUUCAUCUGAGGCUACUUCAGUAAAGAUAAUCACUUUAUCCGAUUCUACUAAAACUGUUUAUAUCACUAAAACAAGCACAAAGACUAAUGUUGAAGCAUAUACCACUGCUGCUACCUCCAAAUCCUCUCUAUCUUCUUCCUACGCUCGUUUUGCUUCUUCCGUCACUACCGCUUCUAUUUCUCAAGAGACCGGUAAUGGUGCCAUGAAGGCAUCUAUCAAAACUGGUGUUGGUAUAGUCGGUGCUUUAGCUUUGUUGUUAUAA